AGAGCGGCGGAGCCGGCGCGGGAGGAAGGGGGCUGGGUGGUGGCAGCUGCAUGUGGUGCGUUGGGCAGCCGUUGGAAGUGGCGGCUGAGGGCUGUGCUUCUGUGGGGAGGAGAAAGAUUGUACCCAUUUGAGAGACGCUACUGACCACUCACCAACAUGGUAGUUUUCACUUGCAACGCGUGUGGAGAAUCUGUGAAGAAAGCACAAGUUGAAAAACAUGUGAACAUCUGCAGGAACUGCCAGUGCCUUUCCUGCAUGGAUUGCGGGAAGGAUUUCUGGGGUGAUGAUUAUAAGGAACAUGUGAGGUGCGUAAGUGAAAACCAGAAAUAUGGUGGAAAAAAUUUCGAAGCCAAAACUAACAAAGGAGAUGCUAAACAACAGGAGUGGAUUCAGAAAAUUCAUGAAGUAAUGAAGAAGCCAAAUAUAAACCCUAAGGUGCGGAACAUUCUGGAGCAAAUGCGUGUCUUUGAUAAUAUUCCAAGAAAAAAAGUAAAGUUUCAGAAUUGGAUGAAGAACAGCUUGAGAAUUGCUGACAGUGCUUUGCAAGAACAAGUGUGGGAUAUUUUCUCUGAAGCAAACAGAAACAUUUCAAGUGAAAAAGAACAAGGCAAGCUGCAACAGAAGCAAGAAGGGCAGUCAGCAGAAACUGAGGAAGAAACAAUGGCAGAAGAUAAUGGAAUUGCAGAUAAUAAAAUUGAAAGGAAAAAGAAUAAGAGAGAGCGAAAAGAAGAGAGACAAAAGAACAAAAAGAAGGAGAAAAAAGACUUGAAGUUAGAAAACCAGUCAGAAACAAAAAAGAGUAAGAAGUCCAAAAAAGGAAAGGAGAGGUUGGAGAAUGAAUUUGAAAUAAAUGGAAAUGGCUAUCAGAGUGAAACAGAGGAGGAAACAAAUGUAAAGAAGCGCAAACAUAAGCAUAUAGAAGAGGAAGCUCAUAUGCCAGCAAAGAGAAAGAAAACUCAAAAUGUUUCAGAAGAUGUGGAAGUAGAAAACACUGGCGUCAGUGAAGAAAAUGUGGGAACAGAAAAAGGUAAAUUCAACUGGAAGGGGACCAUCAAAGCUGUUCUGAAACAGGCACCAGACAAUGAAAUUUCAAUUAAAAAACUAAGAAAAAAGGUUAUAGCUCAGUACUGCGCUGUAGCUGGUGAACAUCACAAAUCAGAAGAGGACAUUCUAGUCAUAUUUAAUAAGAAAGUGAAUAACAAUCCCAAAUUUAAAGUUUUAAAGGACAAAGUUAAACUCUUGAAAUAACAGCUUGCAUCCUUUGCAUAACGUUUGCAUUUUAAUCUUGCAGACAGUCCAGUUCUUCUGUAUCAGCUGUGCAUUGGUUUCAAAUUGUGUACAUGAAAGCUGAAUUUAACUUGGGACUGGAUUCCUCUUUUUCUAGAUGUUUUAUUUUUCAGAUGGUUUAUUUCUUGAUUUAAUGGAAAAUGUAUAUUUUUGGGUACCAUUUUUAAGAAGCAUAGAAAAUAACUGAUGCUUACUGUAUUAAAAUUCUUUCAGCAAUGAUUGUUUCAUGAUUGUUUGUCAGGACCUGGGUUAUGUGGAUUUUUGCAGAAACUGUUCUAAGACCAAACAGAUUUUUCAUAUCCAAAACCCCACCAUAGACUCAUAGGAUCAUUUAGGUUGGAAAAGACCCUUUAAGAUCAUUGAGGCCAAACAUAAACCUAGCACUGCCAAGUCUACCACAUGGAAUGAAUGGGGUUUUUUUAUGCUGAAAUUCAAAAUGGUAUGACUGCUACCUCCUUUACACAGUGCAGCUGGGCUAAUUCUCUGCAGCUGGGUUAAUUCUGUGUUGUCACAUGCGUAGUUUCCAUAAUGAAAGUGUCUGCCAAGUUUGUGUGUGUAGUACUGCACAUUCAGUGAAAAUCUGAAGACAAGUUACCAGUAUAUUAAUUGCUGAGUGUUUUUAAUUAGCACUGCAAUUGACUUCAAUACAAGUGGUCACUAAAAAAUGACUGACGCAAUAAAUUACUUUAAAAUACAUCCCUGUAUGUAACAAAUCUUGCCACUUUAUGAUUGUCCACAAGUUGUACAAAAUUUGAUGAGGCCUGUAUAUUUUGAUCACUGAAGCAAUUUAGGCAGGCCGAAACUCUUACAUGUAUGUGAGUGAGUUGACUGGGGAAAGCUACUUGAAAUUUAAAAUGUUGUAUCCAAUGCAAAAUAAUUCCAGAUAAGGAGUUUCCUACCAUGAAGUAAUUUGUUUAAAACAGUGGUAGAAAGGCAGUGGAAUUUCUUUGAGUAGAUGGUGUGGUGUUUCAGGAAACUGCAUAGUCCUUUCAAGCAGAUACUUUUUGUAUACAACUCCAUAAUGAAAUACCUGAACUUACAGAAAUACUGAAUAUGUUAAAGUGUAAAUAUGAAAAAAACCCAAACUCUCAGAUACACGUGAGUCUAGUUUUUCUGACUACAUAUUUAUCAACUUAUGAAAACUGCAAUAAAGAUACUUAAUAAAUUUAAGAUCUUAUUGUUAAUUCAUGGAAAUGGCUUUGGAGAUAAAUAGGAAAAAAAUAUUUACAGAUAUGAAGAAACUGUGAGAAGUUAUUUGACCACAUUUAAAAAGCUUAGAAUUCUUUUUGGUUUUGUUUUCUUUUUGAUUGAGGAAAGGACAUAUAAAAGCAAGUUCUUGUCAGUGAAAUUGGCAGUUAAUUCAUUGCUGUUCACUCGGUGUAUUUUACAAUAAAAACUGUUACAUUGAAAUCUUAAA